GUCCUUGACAGCCUCGCUCAGCCUGGACGCAGCACCAUGCCCGAGAAAGCCGUAGUGACCUUGCGUUAUGGGCCUUACAGCGCCGUGGGCCUGUCCGUGGAGCACCGCACCUACCGACUGGAGGGUCUGCUAGCUGUGUUGGCCAAAGAUGGACACAAGGUCAUCCUGGAGCAAAUAGAAGACUGGAAUUUGGUGGAGCUUGUGGUAAAUGAAGAAACAGUCUUCCAGUGUGAUAUCCAAGACCUGCAGUUUGGGGGUGAUGGCAAACUAGACCCGCUGUGUGAAGAGGCCAGGAUUGCUGUGCUAAAUGCCUUCUGAUCUCAUGGAGCAGACAGAAGAAAGCCAGCUGUGCCCGCCAGUCUACAAUACCAGCACAAGGGGCUUAUUGGGCACAUGGACA